CCGCGCGGAAAACAACGUCAGAGUGGGAGCUCUUUCUCUACACUCCUAUCUCCUUUCAUCAGACGGUGACGUUUCCCAUCCAACCGGUCAGUGUGCUGCUGGUAGCUGGUAGCUGCGAGCUAAACUGCCGAGCCGCCUCCUCCGCCUCCGAAGGCAGCUGAACGGAUCCGUGAAUGAGCCCCGCGCCUCCAUGCAUCUCCUGUGGCCGCGAUGGCAGCGACAGAAACGGAGGAUGCUGAAGCUGUUCGGUGCACUGGUUAUCCUCGGACUGGCCCUGGCGUGCAUCACCUCCUGGGUGCUGGACAGCUAUGACACGGCUUGGCACCCGAAGCGGAGCGUUCAGCACCGGACUGUGGGUGAUGGAGAUGAAUCUAAGGGGAGUUCACCACCAUUUCCCGGCGGCGAGUUGAACAACAUAUUCUGGUUUUUACAGGUGUCUGACAUUCACAUCAGCCGAUUUCAUGACCCAAGACGUAUUCCUGAUUUUGAAAAGUUCUGCACUGACACCGUUGAAGUGAUCAAGCCAGCCCUAGUGCUUGCAACAGGGGACCUGACAGAUGCUAAAACAGAGAGUAAGGUGGGUUCCCUCCAGCAUGAGGUGGAGUGGCAGGCCUACCACAACAUCCUGAAGAGGUCUCGUGUGAUGGAGCGCACUCGGUGGAUAGACAUCCGUGGGAAUCAUGAUGCCUUCAACAUAAUUUCAUUGGACAGCGUCAACAAUUAUUACCGGAAAUACUCGGCUAAUCAGAAAGUAGGCUCUUUCCACUAUGUUCAUAAAACUCCCUUUGGCAACUACUCCUUUGUCUGCGUGGAUGCCACGCUGACUCCAGGACCCAAGAGACCGUACAAUUUCUUUGGAAUUCUCAAUCAGACUCAAAUGGACUUGCUGGACACGUUCAGAGCGGAGAGUCUGAAAAGCAACCAGUCGAUCUGGUUUGGCCACUACACCACCUCCACUGUUGUCUCCCCAUCUCCAGGAGUUCGGGACAUGAUGAGAUCUGCAGUGGCCUAUCUCUGUGGCCACCUGCACACGCUGGGCGGCCUGAUGCCUGUCCUCCACAGCCGACACCCCCAAGGCACAUUGGAGCUGGAGCUGGGUGACUGGAUGGACAACCGCAGGUACAGGGUUCUGGCCUUUGACCAUGACCUGCUGAGUUUCUCUGACCUGAGCUUUGAGCAGUGGCCCGCAGUGCUCAUCACCAACCCCAAGGACGCUCAGUACCUGCAUCCAGGAGUGGAGCCUCUGGGUCGGAUACGGAAAUCGACACACAUCAGGAUCUUGGCCUUCUCAGAGGCUCCUAUCACAGCGGUGCAUGUGAGCAUAGAUGGGCAGCCUCUGGGGAAAGGCCACUCUGCUGGAGGUCCUCUGUAUGUUCUGUUAUGGGAUCCAUCCCUCUACCUCAGUGGACUGCACACAAUCAGAGUUAAAGUGGAGGACACGGCAGGCCGGUCGACCGUCCGGGAGCAGCACUUUACUCUGGAGGACGGCCUGACACCCAGCUUUGGUUUUGUGCAGUCCUUCAUCCUCCUCACAGACCACUAUAUUCUGGGCCGAGUGGCCUUCAUAUUCAUAAUGCUUCUGAACGUCGGUGUGCUGCUGGCCUUUAGGUUCCUGCGUGUUCCUUCUGGGAGAGGACUGACUUCUCAAGUGUGUAUGUCGCUCCAUCUGGUCAGUAAAAUGGACACUUUCUACUACUGUCUGCUACUGUUCAACCUGUGUACAGCCUUAGGUCCAUGGUUCAUAGGAGAAUUGAUAGAUGGCCAUGGUGGUGCCUGCUUCGCCUUUGGGGUUUUCAUUGAUGGACACUUCCUGGAGGGCAGUCUCACCUAUGUUGUUGGAGUUGUUCAGCUGCUGUUCUUCAACAUGCCCCUCACUUCUUACCUCUGCUGGAGCCUCCACCACCGUUGCCACGGCAACACCUUCCGAUCCCACUUCCUGCGGCCGGGCUGCCGCUGGCGGACUCUGGCGGUUCACCUCUUCAUGCUGCUGCUGCUCACCUGGCAGGCCCACUCCUGCUACUUUCUCCUGGAGACCUACGGCCCCAUGGCCUUUUUCCUGUCUCCUGUCCGCACGUGGGCGUUAGGGCUCAGUCUUCUAUUGGUCUACCGCGCCUGGACAGGCCCUGCCCCUCUCAUUCGUGACAACAGCAAGAGCAUCUCUCUCUCUUGACAGUAAUUGCACUGUACCACCACGACUUCCCUUGAGCCUGACUCACAGAUUUAUUUUGCUGUCUUUAUCCACCCUGAAAGCCUCAAUUUUCCCCACUCCGCAGCCCCUUCCUUUCUUUCUCUCCUUCCACAGCCACUUCACAGUACAUCACACACUAUCCUCUUUCUAGAUAGUAUUGUUUACUUAAUAUGCAUGUUAUUGUAAAGCACCGGUGAGCACAUUUCAGGCCAUAUUCAUAGCAAUGUGUACAGUGUUAAAAAACAAAAACACCUUGGAUACAUUAAAGGGUUAAAAAGCCUAUUUGAGCUAUGACAGGACUGGUCCAAUGUAUGCUCCAGUUGACAGUAUACUUUAUAAGAGAUGUAUUCUGCUGUGGUUAAAGCUGACUCAUUUACUUGAGCUUUAGCACUUUUUGGAAGUGUUGCCUUGGCUGAACGCCACUUCACCACUGCCAAAGGAUGAAUAAGAAAGAUUUCACCUUUUAUUCUUCCCUCUGAAAACCAUUUUCAUUCACUAAUGAAGGCUGGAUGUGCCAAACCGAUCCUGGAGUUUACCUUCCGACACACAAAUCCUGUGGAUAAUAAAGGUGUACGCCUCAUUUUAUAUACUGUAAGCAUUUCUUAACUUCCCAUGACUGACAGAGAGUGGUAGUUACUUUGGUGGAGAUGACAAACUGUAGGUAAUACAUCCUAGACGAUCAUAUUUUGAUCAUAAGUUUGUUCUACAAAUGAUUACAGGAAAUCAGAGGGAGGAAAUUAUAAAUCAAUCAAGUACUGUAGUUGGUCUGUGUACAAGUAGCUAAUGAUUGAAAGUGUUUUUAAAUCAAAUUAAUUCCAUUGCACACAACUGCCACUACAAACAUCUAAAUAUUUGCAUUGGAAUAUUCAUAUCAGAAACUUCAAUGCCACUUUUCACCGAAACACAGAGAAGCUGGCCUGACUCUUCACGCUCCUUCAAACGUGACUACAGAAAGCAGCUGUUUGUUUCUCAGGAAUGUGAGCACUUGAACAAUAGGCUGGUCCCAGUAGUAUUUCAGGACAACGUUUUUAUACUCCAUAGUAGCUCAGUGAACAAAAAAACCCAUGUCAAAAAAUCCAGAUGUGUGGUGGUUAGAAAAACAAAACGAAUGUGUUGUAGAAGUGAUGAAAUGAGAUGAACCAGGACUAUAUUGUUUUUUUUAUUCAUUCAUUCUGAUUGUAUUGUGUGAUUUAUAUUUUUUCCUUAUGUUGUAAUACUGCACUGGGAAUGAGCAUUCUUCACCACCCUACACUGGAAGUUAAACUGACAGCUUGGUGUGUGAAAACGUGUUUGUUUAUAUUGUUCAGAUUGUUCACCUUUUUGUGAAGGUGUGAGAGCGGUACGACUGUGUCUGUUGCACUCUGAUUCAGUCCUUUCUAGCCACUAGUAGCAGGUGCCUGGAUUCCACAAGAACAAACUGAUCCAGAACAGUACAUAAAUAGGGUCAAGACCUUUUAAUAGAAGCAAUGUUCCAGCAGCGUUAGAUCUUAGUAUUUUUUUUUUUUUUUUUUCAAACCAUACCCAGUGUGAGUGCGGAAUAAUUGCUCAGUGCUGUUAUAAGACAUUCAGUUUAAUAUUAGAACACCUGCCGAGCACUGAGAAAAUUAAGUUAUGUGAAUUCGUGCAGGCAACGGUUUGAUAUGUUUUUUUCCUCUCUGCAUAAACAGGCCCUUUUCAUGUGUAUGGGAGCAUUACCAAGUGUGUAAUUCCAGCAAAAAGACUGAUAUUUGAAAUUUAUGGACUUAAUUUAUGGACUCUUACAAUGCACAGUACCUCUCCUGUGCUAUGUAAUCUGUCCACAAGGAGGCAGUAUUAAAUUGAUUUAGAGGGUAAUGAUUGAUGACUGUGCUGCGUUUCACUUCCACGUCCAAAUUAUGCAUGGGACUGAUGUUUUGUUUUUUUUUCCUUUUGCAGAAAAUCACCAAUCAUAGUUUAUUGACACUCACUGAUUAUGGGUUACUAUAAAUCUGGUUGUGAUUGUUCUGUACUGUAUAUUGAACUGACCGUUCACAAGGAAAUCAGACAUCAACUCAAUCACCACUACGUGUCCGAGAAGGAAUAUACUGUCAGCGAUGUGCUGGUGUUCACUUGACUUAUUCUGCAUCCCCCUCCUUUGUUCAGAUACUUUAGUAUAUGAAUGAAGACGAUGAUUUUACACCUGCCACAUAUUUUUCUCGUGACAACUGAACUUAGAGCCAACCACAAUUUUAUUUUAUUAAUGGUUUAUAGUGCUGUGGAAUAAAAAUGUUCAUUACAGUAAAUCAUA